UGUAAAAAUCCCACGGCAAUCCCACGCGAGCUGCAAGGCUGCAACUUCGCUGGCUUCCUUGGCAAACGCUCGAACACCUCAACGGCAAAACCUCUCCGCCGAUGCGCGCCCUCCUCUCCGUCCGCCUCCGGCGCCUGCUCUCUCCGCCCCUAAGCGCGAGGCCCUCCUCUUCCUCCUCCUCCGGAACCCACGAGAUCCCCACCGUCUACUCCUUCCUCCAGCCCAACAUCUUCGCGCCGCGCCCCAGGCCCCAACCGCCGCCGCCGCCGCCGUCACCCCCCGCUCCGGGCCCCGCGCCCAAAACCCUGCCCGUCGCGGACGCCGGCGCGCUCGAAGAAAGCCUGCUCGCCGCCGCCGCCGAGGGCCGCUCGGACGACGCGUGGCUCGUGUUCAAGUCCCUGGCGGCGGCCUCCCUCUCGCCGUCGCCUCCCGCCGCGGCGGCCCUCGUAUCCCACCUCGUCGCGGACAACCACCGCCUCGGCCUCAAGCGCGCCUUUGCCGCCGCCGUCUUCCUGCUGGAGAAGAGCCCCCAUGCCUCCCCCCUCCCGGAGGCCGCGCUGGAGGCCCUCUUCUCCUCCCUCGCCGCCUCGGGCUCCGCGGCCCCGGCGCUGGCCCUCGCGCGUGCUCUCCUCGGCUGCGGGCGCCGCCUGCCGGCUUUCUCUGCCUGGGGCCUUCCGCUGAUAGAGCUCACCCGCGCUGACACGGGCUCCUUUGCGGCCUUCUUGAAGGUGUUUGAAGAGGCCUGCAAGCUCAUGGCGGAGGAGAAGUCUCCGUCUGUGGCAGUGGUCAUGCGGCCUGAUCUCGCUGCCUGCAAUGCUGUUCUUGAUGGAUGCUGCCGCAGGCUCGGCUCAGUCACGGAUGCUGAGAAGGUCUUGGAGAUUAUGCCAGCUGUCGGGGUGUCGCCAGACGUGGAGAGCUUUGGACAUCUUGCCUUCUUGUAUGCGUGGAGAUCUGUUCCAAGCCGGGUCGAUGAGCUCGAUAAGUUGCUGGAAGCUCUGGGCUUCAGCAAGAAAGGAUUUUUCAAGAAUUUAGUGAGUGGGUAUUUGAAGUCUUGCAGCUUUGAGUCUGUUUCGUCGAUCAUACUUCGUGCGGUGGAGGAGAGAAGAGUUGGGGAUGGCAAUCCAUUUGAUGAUGGGUGCUAUACCGAGGUCGCACAAUGCUUUGUUGACAAUGCAAGGAUCAGGGAAUUGGCUCAGUUGAUCUUCCAAGCACAAGAGAUUGAGUCGGCACAUCAAUUGCUGGUAGUUGAUGAUUCUGUUGGGUUUGGGAUUGUCAAUGCUUGUGUCGGACUUGGUCUAUUGAACAAGGCUCAUAACAUACUUGAUGAAAUGACUGCUCAAGGAGCUUCUGUGGGACUAGCUAUAUACACCCCAAUCUUGAAAGCAUAUUGCAAGGAGCAGAAGACUGCAGAGGCUGCACAGCUUGUGGCGGAGAUUAGCGCAGCAGGGCUACAGCUUGAUGCUGGCAGUUAUGAUGCUCUUAUUGAUGCUUCCAUGACAGCCCAUGAUUUCCAGUCUGCAUUUGCACUUUUCAAAGAUAUGAGGGAGGCGAGGCUACCAGAUCUUAGGACAAGCUAUCUUACUAUAAUGACAGGCUUGACGGAGAACAACCGGCCUGAGCUCAUGGCAUCAUUCUUGGACGCAGUGGUUGAUGACCCGAGAAUAGAGAUUGCUACACAUGAUUGGAACUCUAUAAUACAUGCCUUUUGCAAGGUUGGGAGGUUAGAGGAUGCUCGAAGAACAUACCGAAGGAUGCUAUUCCUGUUAUAUGAACCAAACAAUCAGACAUACCUCUCACUUAUCAAUGGGUAUCUCUCAGCAGAGAAGUACUUUAAUGUGCUCAUACUAUGGACAGAAGUGAGGAGGAAGGGGGCUGAUUUUAACCACGAGUUGAUUGAUGCCUUUCUGCAUGCUUUGGUCAAGGGUGGAUUUUUUGAUAUGGCAAUGCAGGUGAUUGAGAAGGCACAAGAGUUGAAAAUAUUUGUAGAUAAGUGGAGGCACAAACAAGCCUUCAUGGAAACCCACAAGAAGCUAAAAGUGGCGAAGCUGAGAAAGCGCAACUUUAGGAAAAUGGAAGCUCUGAUCGCGUUCAAGAACUGGGCGGGUCUUAACUCAUAACAUUUUAACCUAUCAUGCGAUUCCUCGCUAAAUUUGUGGCAGUUCAAAGUGGCGAAGCUGAGAAAGCGCAACUUUAGGAAAAUGGAAGCUCUGAUCAUGUUAAAGAACUGAGCUGGUCUUAAUUCAUAAGAUUGCAACCUAUCAUGUGAUUCCUCACUGAAUUUGAUCACACAUGCUUGUGUGAGAUGACAUUCCAAAUAAUUUUGAAGCUGUAGCAAGCAGCAAACCUUCAGAGAUGAACAAGUGUAGGCGAUAUGCCAAUAUGUGAUCACUGAUAAGUUUGCAACAAGGUUAGGGAAGCUGGUGCAUUUUUGUCCUAUUAUUCUGUUUCUAGGUACAGAUAUUUUACUUUACUGGCUAACUUGACUUUGUACUACUUCUUUAACUAGCCUGUUAACCUCCAAAUCCCAUGUAAAAUUCUUAAGUUACUGAAUAACAAGUUUCUCCUGAAAUGCUUCUCAUCGAAUGCAUUACUGCUGCGGAUAUAAAACUAUGAUAUUUUCUGAAAA